GGGAAGCCGGGCGGAGCAGGCUCGGCCACCUCGCGGCCGCGGGCAGAGCCGCCCCGCGCAGCGGCCACCUCGCGCCUUUGUCCGCCGCGGCAGCUGGUCCGCGCCCCGCGGCCACGCGAUGGCCCCGCAGCAGGGGCGGCCCGCGCUGCCCGGCCGCUGCGAGCCGCCGCCCGCGCCGCCCGUGCCUCCUCGCCGGGAGCGCGGGGGGCGCGGGGCGCGCGGGCCCGGGGCUCAGGGGGGCCGGGGGCGCGCGGGCGGCGCCGAGGGGCGCGGCGUCAAGUGCGUGCUGGUCGGCGACGGCGCGGUGGGCAAGACCAGCCUGGUGGUGAGCUACACCACCAACGGCUACCCCACCGAGUACAUCCCCACCGCCUUCGACAACUUCUCGGCUGUGGUGUCAGUGGACGGGCGGCCUGUGAGACUCCAGCUCUGUGACACAGCAGGACAGGACGAGUUUGACAAGCUGAGGCCCUUGUGCUACACCAACGCGGACAUCUUCCUGCUGUGCUUCAGCGUGGUGAGCCCCACCUCCUUCCAGAACGUCAGCGAGAAGUGGGUGCCCGAGAUCCGGUGCCACUGCCCCAAAGCGCCCAUCAUCCUGGUGGGGACACAGUCCGACCUCAGAGAAGAUGUCAAAGUGCUCAUCGAGCUGGACAAAGGCAGGGAGAAACCAGUGCCCGAGGAGGCAGCCAAGCUGUGUGCCGAGGAAAUCAAAGCCGCCUCCUACGUGGAGUGCUCCGCCCUGACUCAGAAAAACCUCAAGGAGGUCUUCGACGCAGCCAUUGUGGCCGGCAUCCAGCAUGCGGACUCCCAGCAGCAGCCCAGGAAGUGUAAGAGCAGGACUCCAGACAAAGUGAGGGACCUGUCCAGGUCCUGGUGGAGGAAGUCGUGCUGCCUGGCCUAGGCGGCCACGGGCACCCAUGCCUGACGACUCACCCCAGAGCCCCCAGGUGGCCUGUGCUCCGCUGGCCUGGCUUUAACAUCCCUGUCUGUUUACGUCCAUGUGAGAUAAGUCAGUUGAAGAAGUUGUGGUUUAAGGGCGUCCCUGACUCUGGAAGUUCAGAGCUCUCGCCUCUGGAUUGAUUUACGUCUGAUAAGAAAAGGGCUGAGAUCUGCUGUCAGGAUGGAGAUUUUAUUGUUGUCACGGUGUCGGCAGGACAGAUGGGGACAGUGAUGCGCCCUCUGGAUGGAGGCUGCUGGGGCCUGUGCCUCACGGUACAUCAGCCCUGUGGGAACAGCGCUCCCUGAGACGCAGUGACCCCACCUUCGCCGAGAUGAAGGUGUGGGAAAUGACCGGGUGCGUCUGCUGCAAACCUCAGGCCGCCUCGGUGUUGAGCGAUGCUCAGUUGCCUCAGACCUUAAAAGCUGGCACAGCAUAGGUGGAAGGACAGGGCACGUGGGAUUCCCGUGCCAGGUCAGUCCUGCCCACAUGCAGUGCACACCGCCAGACGCCCUGAGCAGCUGCAGGGUGCGAUGGGCAGAGGUCACAUGGUGCUUUUGACCCUCGGGGCAGGCCUUGCAGGACCUCGGCAUCCACACUCUCAUGGCCCCUCUGCAGGAGAGCAAACUCCUGAAAGGCCAGCACGGAUUCUGUGGGACCUGGGAUCCUUCUUUCCUAGGUCCUUGUCUGUGCACACGCACGUGCAGGCAGCUGUGUUUCUUGCAUGUUCAAACUUCUACACGCUAAUGGGAAGCAGGUCGAGCAACUGCUGCCCUCUUCUCUACUUCCUUGAACAGAUCUCUUAUCAUACCCUGGAUGUACACACUUUAAGACCAACUUAAAACAAAGCUAAAGGGAACAUCUCUUGAGAGCUGCUAGAACAACCAGCCAGGUGUCUGGUAACUUCUGGCCAGAGCUGAACCGGUCUGCACAGGACCCCUCAGGUGCUACCUGGCUGCCUGAUGAGCUGAGCCCGUCUGCACAGGACCCCUCGCCUGCCUCCUGGCUGGGGACCACGGCAGCAUGUUAGCAUGUGUCCUCCUAGGAGUCUUGAUGCCCACCCUCCCGGAGGCAGUCCUACAAGCGUCCUCUAAUGCUGCAGCAUCGUGGUCUGAGAAGUCACAGGCAGCCAGGCCCAAACCAUGGCACGAGGUGACCAGAGACCACUUCAUUGAGCAGCUGGGGACGUCUCUGUGAACCCAUCGGGACAGUCCCAGCACCCCAGCCUCUCUUUUAUGUUUAAAAAAAAAUCUUAUGUUGUAUUUUUCUAUCAAAAACAGUGCAAGGUCAGGCCAUACUUUAGGUUAGGGGCUUCUUUAUUCCUGUAGUGAGAUGAAAGAAACCCUUUGUUUAACAAAGGUUAAUCUUUAAACCACUAGAUGCACAGACUUUACUGAUGAUUUUCAGCACGUUGACGUCGGCAUCAGAGGUUCCAGAAGCACUUCCUUCCAACCUGAGCAAGUGAAGUUACUUUGCUUGAGAUGCUGAGUCUGACCCACGCUGCAGCCUCUAUGCCGUCCAGUGCACAUGGCCCUGGUGCCCAGCGAGCAGUUAAACAGGAGAGCAAGAGCAGCAGACACAGGCGGGCCGGUCCAUGGAUGAGGCCUGGGAAUCAAGUGCCAAGCCUUUGCAUUUGGCAGGAAGUGGGGCGUGGAGAAUGCCCAGGGCCCGGCGUGGCCAGCACUGUGUCCUGGACCUUCAGCACAGCAGUCGAGCGGGCAGCUGCACCGGGAGGGCCUAGGUGUGGCUGUGCUGGAGGGUUCCCUCCACCAUGCUUGUGAAACGGGUCCUGGCUGAGCAUCAUUUAAAGUGUGUGCCUGAGUCAGUGCAGGGUCUGCUUCAGAGCCUGGGCUGAGGGGCCCCUUAGUUAGCAGAGAGUAUUCUGCAUGCAUGCUGACCCCGCAGUCCAGGCCAGCUCCGUGGCCUAACCCUGUCCUGGGCCCAAGACCUAUCAUCUCUUCCACCACAGGCACAUGAGGGGGCCUUUUAUAAUGUGUUCUGUGCUUGGCAGCCUCAGGAGGGGCCAUCCAGAAACCCCAGGCCAAAGUGGGCACUGGUCUGCUCCCGAUGGGCCUGCCUGGUGUCUGCCCACUGCGCCCUCCUUCCUCCAGGGAUCAGCGAUGCCAGCACUCAUAUUUGAACAUGCUGUAAAUGAGACAGUGUGAAAUAAAUUCUGACCCGAGGGUGUCACUUCUA